UAGGGAUGGUCUGAACUGAAGCCACAACCUGUUGCUAGAUGAAAAGAUCGAGUUGGGUAGAGCCACAACAUUUUCGGGAAAAUGUCGUUGUCCGGCGUACUCCGGAAGUUACCUAGUUUUAAUGCAAUACAUUGCCAUAUAAACUUUUUGGGCCGAAUUGCUCGACAACAACCUUAUAGCAUGUAUCAGCCAUUCGUCAAAGAGCCAACAUACAGCAUCGAGAAACUGGACCAGUUGAUUGAAUCGGGAGAAGCGAAAAAACGCGAAUUCGUUCCUGUAAAAGCGGCAAGAAGUGACCAUAAUGUUUCAGUUUUUCAUGAUGAAUUAACAAGCAAAUUCAUCAAUAUGGUUAUGGAAAAAGGCCAUAAGGAAGUAGCAACAAAAUUGGUUGAAACAGCCUAUAUGAAAAUCAAGCAGAUGCAGCUCGCAAAAUACUACAAAGCUACAACAGAUGCAGAAAGAGCUGAAAUUGAAUUGAACCCUAUUGUCAUAUUUCAUAAAGCUUUAGAAAAUUGCAAACCUGUACUUCAAUUGACACCUAUCAAACGAGGUGGUGCAACAUAUCAAGUUCCCAUCCCCAUCACGGAAAACCGUGCCCGGUUCCUUGCCAUGAAAUGGAUGAUUCUGGAAUCCAGAGAAAAAGAAAGGACGGUACACUUUCCUGAAAGGCUUGCAUAUGAGCUACUAGAAGCUUUCAAUAAUACUGGCAAAGUGGUUAAGAGGAAACAAGAUUUGCAUAAACAAUGUGAAACUAACAGGGCAUAUGCUCAUUAUCGUUGGAGAUAACUAAAGCUAACAAUUUUUCAUAUUACUUAUUACUUGUAGUUGUUAAUACACAUUUUCAAGAAAAGGUUCUUUAGUGCCUUACCCUUCUUUUCUUGAUUUUAUAAGUUUAUAGUUUCAGCGUGGCAGUGCCUCUGGGGGAAAAAUGCUGCUGGCCUAGAGAGAAAGGGCUUGAUGACUUGGCAUAACAAGAAUCAAAGUCAAGGAGACCAAAUAAAAAAUACAAAAAACAAAACAAGCGGGCAUGUUUUCAGGUACUGAAAAAGCAAAAGCUUUUCGUUUAUUACUAAUCAUUAAUUCGAAAAUGCAAAUGUACUCAUGUUUUCUAACAUUCUGAAUGAAAAGUGAAACAUUUUUGAACUUUCAAGGUUCAUGCCAGAUGCAUGUGGUAAUAUAAAUUUUUACAUUUCCUUCUA